AUGCAUGUGCGGUAUGAGCCUGACCCCGUGUUCAAGCCCGUCAGCUCCGCGCAGCCCAAGCUAGACUGCUCCGAAGUGGGGCUAGACGGGGAUCAGGAGCUGUGGCUGCUGCAGCUGCCACUUGACUUCCCCGCUGGUGCCAGCGUGAGCUGGACCAUCUCUGAGGAUCCUGAGGAUGGCGUCCGCGGCCACUGCACAAUUAAAGGCGCCGAGUAUGUUCUGGUGCCGGAGCCGGAAGCGCUGUCUGCAGCCCUGUUUGCCACCCCUGCCAGCGAGCACGGCAGCCUGGUGCCUGUGACGCGCCGCAUGACGGUUGCCCGCGUGAGCGCGGCCCCGCUGGUGUGCUUUGGGCAGGACGGUCGGGAGCUGGGCAAAGCCGGCAUGGCGCCCCAAGUGGCGCAGCUGCUGUCGCCCGACAAGAAGGCUCUGGAGAAGAAGAAAGCGGAGCAGCGGCGGCGCGGGCCGGCGGCGGUAGCGCCGACGAUACCCAAGCCGCGUGGCGGCGCCGCGCCUGCAGUGCCCAACAAGAAGGGGCAAGCGACACCUGGGUCAGAGGGGCCACGGGAAGCAGAAGCGGCGGCCCCGGGCGGCGCGCCGGCCGCGGCGGCGGAGCAGCAGCAGCAGCAGCAGCCUGGGGAGAAGGGCAAACAGAAGAAGGACAAGUCUGAGAAGAAGAAAAAGAAGAAGCGGGAGCAGGAAGAGGGGGCAGCGGCAGCAGCCUUGGAGGCGGCAGGGGGCAGCGAGCCAAGCGGGAAGAAGCAGCGCAAGGCAGCAGAGCAGCAGGCUGUUGCGCCUGUGGCUGCAGCACCGGCGCUGGCUGCGGCUGCAGCAACGCCAUCUGAGGCGCCAGCAGCGCCAGCAGCAGCAGGCAAGCCGGAGAAAAAGAAGAAGGAGAAGAAAGACAAGAAGGACAAGAAGAAGAAGAGCAGCACUUGA